AUGAGUAAUAAGUGUUGUUGUGACUAUGUGUCAUUACAAUUAUAAAGUAUUCCGUAAAACUUUUUACUAUUUUUAAAAUGGGCAUACUUUCCUAAGCAACCCUGUGUGGAGAUGAGUUUGUUUAGAAUGAAAAUUGAAAGCAAAUUAUGCGCAAAAACAUUAUUUGUUGUUGUACUGUUAUGGAAACAACAAGAACGAAAGCUGCAUCUAAUCUUUCACUCUUUUGAAAACAAAAGAAAAAGCUGAUAUUGUCAAAGCUCAGAAUAAUGUCAAAAGCAUAAUAGAAAAGUCAUAUACGAAUGUCCAGAACGAAGGAUUGAUUUCAUUUCUGAAUUGGAUUUGCGUAGAACAUUCGACUGAGUAAUCGCGUAAAAACGAAAACAAAAUUGUGAUAUUUGUUGUGAAUAACUAAAAUUAAAAACAUUUGAAAGAAUUGUGUAGAAGAAAUUUUUGUGAAAUCUAAUUACAUAAAUUGCGCAAAAGAGGGCUAGGUGUGGGUGGCGAAAUUCGAAAAUUCGUCGACUCAUAUCCAAAACCUCUACAAGCAGAGAACAAAAAAAAUCGAUUUCUGACUAUGGCGUAUAGUCAAAAAGUAUAUAAUCCUGUGGCAAUAAAAAUGGUUAAACCAUGCCACCAUAAGAAGUGUGCUAAAGGCGCAACAGCACCGCUUCAUAGAAAAAUUACACAUCGAAAUAAUUUUCUACGAAAUAGUUUCUCAUUGGGCAACAGUAACAGCAAAGACAGUGCUGAUGUUGAUAGCGGUGGGAAAGUCGGUCACAUAUGGUUUGGUAAUAACCGCUUAUCAAAUGUAAUUUGCACGUUUCUACUAUUAGCAGCACUAACGCAUACCGCCAAUGCAACGGCAACGGAUAUUGCGCUGGACGCAAAGGCCACACUAACACAUAGAAUUGAUAGUCUUAAUCUGUUGGUAUAUACCUUUUUGCUGACGCUAACUGUACUGACUAUUUGGCUGUUCAAGCAUCACCGUGUUUCCUGGUUACACGAAACUGGUCUUGCCGUUAUUUAUGGACUGAUUGUUGGCGCUGUUAUACGCUAUGCCGGCACUUCGACGCCACUUGUGCACUUGGAAGUUGACCCAGCAGGUGAUCCAAAGUUUAAUCAAUCUUUGCCACCUGAUACAUUAUGGAUGAAGUUUCCCGGCAAAUUGGCUCCAAAUACCACCGAUCCUAUAUCGAAUAAGACAUAUGCAUAUGUUUUUCGCGGCAUAGUAUACGAUGUGGAUGAGAAUGAAAUCGAUUUGAAGGCCACUUUUGAUCCGGAAAUAUUCUUCAACAUAAUACUACCGCCAAUAAUAUUUCAUGCCGGUUAUAGUCUCAAAAAAAAAUACUUUUUUCGCAAUUUGGGCGCAAUUUUGAUGUUCGCCAUAUUGGGCACGACUCUAUCAUCGUUCCUAAUCGGCGCUAUUAUGUACGGCUGUGUGAAACUAAUGCCAGAGUAUUUGAGUAGUAGUUUCACAUUCCUGGACACGCUGUAUUUUGGAGCCUUGAUAUCACCAACAGAUCCACUAACAAUAUUAGCAAUAUUCCAUGAUUUGCAUGUGGACGUAAAUUUAUAUGCGCUGGUUUUUGGUGAAUCUGUACUUAACGAUGCAGUGGCCAUUGUGCUGAGCGGCGCUAUACAAAAUUAUGGCGAACAUUAUUCGAGCACAGGAGGUUUCGAAACAAAUGCUUUCUUCAGAUCAUUGAGCGAUUUCUUCUGUAUUUUUAUGCUGUCGUUAUUGAUUGGCGCAACAAUGGGCUGUUUUACUGCAUUGUUGACUAAGUUUACACGCGUACGCGAGUUCCCGUUACUCGAGUCCGCGCUCUUUGUGCUUAUGUCGUACAGUACUUUCCUGAUUGCGGAGGCUUCGGAAUUGACUGGCGUAGUGGCUGUGCUAUUUUGUGGUAUUUGCCAAGCGCAUUAUACCUUUAACAAUCUAUCGGAGAAUUCGCGCACGCGCACAAAGGAAAUAUUCGAAUUAUUAAAUUUCUUGGCGGAGAAUUUCAUCUUUUCAUAUAUUGGCGUUUCAAUGUUCACCUUUCCAAAACAUCAUUUCGAUGCUGUCUUCAUCAUAACCGGUUUCGUCACCGCUGCUAUUGGACGCGCCGUUAACAUUUAUCCGCUAUCUUGGCUGUUAAAUUUGAAUCGUAAACCGAAAAUUUCAUCGAAUUUUCAGCACAUGCUCUUCUUUGCAGGCUUGCGCGGUGCCAUGUCCUUUGCCUUGGCCAUACGCAACACCGUUUCGGAGGCACGUCAAACAAUGUUGACUGCAACCUCGUUAAUUGUUAUUUUUACGGUCGUCAUACAGGGUGGCGCAUCUAAUUUUUUGCUAAAUUGGCUUAAAAUACCUGUUGGUGUUGAUGAAGAGACUGAACAGCUCAAUAAUUAUCGCGUACGCAGCGUUUAUAAUUCAAUGGAAAAUACAACGGCUGCGUCAAUCGAUACCGGACUCAAUUUGGGCCAGCUGCCUAUGUCGCGUCGGCGCAGCUCCUUGUCUGAUGCAUAUUUGCAGGAUGUUGAUGUGGACGUCGAGGGAUCUGGUGGUCUUGGUGAUACCGGUGCACAGACAGCCAUGAAUGUUAAACGCAAUGAGAAAGCAUUUUUGGCAAGAAUAUGGGGAAACUUCGAUUCCAAAUAUAUGAAACCGCUGUUGACACAUUCACGACCAACGCUGCUCGAAACUUUGCCCGUAUGCUGUAAUCCAGUGGCGCGCUUACUCACCACAACCGAGCAACUUACACAGGAUGGCGGCGGUUUGCGGCGCUCCGACUCGGAUUCAGAUAUUUGCAUUGAUGAUGAGAAUUUCGGCGCAUCCUCAACGAAUGGCAAUGGCGCAGCAGGUGGCUUAAAUGGCGGCGGUGGCGGUAGUGGUAGUGGCGGCUCAGCCGGCAUGGGUCCACGUCGCAACUCGAUCAAUCGUCAUACGAAUUUUCUGAAUGAAGCUAAUCAAUUAAUAACGGAUCUUAGUUUGGUUACUAACAACUUUAUGUGAAUCAAAAAACAAAAACAAAAAUCAAACGAAAACACCAACCUUUUGGCGUAUAACUAAAUGCUUAAAUGUUAGAAUUCCUUGUACUUGUACUAAGAAUUUUUUAAUCACAAACUCACCUGUUUUAUCACAUACACACACACACACAUAAAUCCUACACACAAUCCGAAUUCCAAAAAAACUGCUUGCGUAAGGUGCAUACACACACAGUUAUUUCUUCAAUUUAUUGAAUUUAUGGCUUAAAUGUUUAAAAAAACAUUUUUUUUUAUCAGUCUCACCACCUCAUUCGAUAUUAACACGGUCAAAGGUAUCACAUAGAAACUAUACGCCUGUCAAAUAAUCAAUAUUUACAUAUGAACUAACUAAAAUAAUUCAAAUAUACAUUUAUUCUAACUAGUGUUCAAAUUCGAUACCACUUUACCCAAAGGCAUUAUAUUGGGUCUAUAAAUAUGUAAGAUUUUGUGAAAUUUUGAAAGGAAAAUAUUCAAAACUCUGCUAUUACGACGUCAUUUCCGGCAGUCCCUCAGAAAAAAGGUGCCUUCAUCAAAAACAAAAAUAAAAAGUGUUUGAAUUAAGAUCAUACACUAGGUAUUGGACGAAGGAAAAAAAAUUCAAAAUUGUAUUUUUGGCCGACGUUUUUACAAAAAAAUGCAAAUUUUGGUGAAAAUUUCUCGACGUUUUUUGGAAUUGUUGUAAUUGAACAAAACAAAAAUCCUUCGUUUAAGACCUUACAAAUUAUAUAUCGAAGACCUCUGUAAAAUUUAAUUAAGAUCGGUUGAGUAGUUCGCGAGAAAUCUUGAAAACUGAUUUUGACAACACACUUUCGCAAAAAACGCUUUUAAAGUUUUAAGUGACCAUAUAGCUGACGUCGAGCGCGCAACUCUUCAAGACUGUAUAUCCAAAAAUUUUAAUGGGAUUAACUUGAGAACUUAGGACAAUAUUCUGCAGAUGUUACAUAAUUAAAUAAGACAAUAAAAAAAUGUAACCCCUUAAGAAAAACGUUCAAUAAUAUCAACAUAUUCUCCAGAUGAAAGUAUAACUUUUUCCCAUCUCUCUAGUCAUUCAUCAAAUAAGUCAAUUUUUUAUUCCGUCUUCUGAUGUGAGGACGUUCUGCAUCGGCCGUAACAAACGGUUGUCAGAGAGGCAAGGUCUUAACUAUAAUAUGGAUGAGUCAAAAUUUCUCAGCCGCUAUUUUUCAAAUACUUUUUAACCGGUCUUCCAACAUGAGGCCGAGGGUUGUUAUGAUUGAAAAUUAUUGACUCGUGUCUAGUCGCACAUUCUGUGCGUUUUUCGGCAAUCACUCGCUUCAAUUUGAUGCUUUGUUGUUGGCAACGGUUUUAGAAGUUCAUAAUACAGCACACUAGUUACCCGAUGCAAAAACAACUACUUUUUAUAGCGUUCAAGCAACAUUUCUGAUAUACAAAAUCGUUUUUCAAUGUAUCUUGGCUUUAAUUCAUAUGGCACCCGAUUUCGUUGCUUUUGAAUGUAUCCGGCUAUUUUUAAACGUUUUGAAAUGACUGCUUAAGUGACUCCCAAAGAUACUGUCACCUCUUGUGUUUAGCAACAAGUUUCAUUGAGUAAUGUUUCCAGUGUUUUAUCUUCGAAGGACCUCCCAAGAUGUCUUCAUAUUAAAAUAAUGAAGAAGAACUCACUGCAGCAACAUUUACAGGCACAAUGUUCGACAUAUUUGAGUGAAAGAAAAAAAUCUUGUUGUUGACCAUAUAAUUAAACCUAUUAAGAAGGCUAGCAUUUCAGUUCGAGUUUCAUUAAUCUACUAGUGUUUUUGAUAAUGUUGAGAAUAUAACUAUAAUACUGCCUCCUUAAUUGUAAGUGGAAUUAUAUUAGAAGUUGUCUAAUGCCGGUGAGGUUCCUUCAAAACCGGUAUUGAUUACAAGUAUAAUAAAUAUUGCCUCGAAUUUUAAUUUGCGAGCCACUGAUUUCCGAUUCGCUGUUUCAUUACUCAGCUUGGUCAAUAUAAUGUCAAGUUUUGACUCUGAUGUCAUCCAGCACCAAUAAUAUUUUCCACUAGAAACGGUUCAUAAAGGAAUUAUUUCUUAACUUUUCUAAAAAGUUUUUGUAUCUCUUUAUCAUGCAAAAUGCUAACUAUCGUUGCCUUUUUUUCAAAAGGACUCGGUGCAGGAAAUGGUAAUUGAAGACAAGACUUUUUUUUUGUUAAAAAGCUACAAGUAUAUGAAGCCGGUAGCCACAUCUUUGGUUAAUUUUGCUUUAGCAUACCUAUAUUCUUAGUCAAAAAGCAAUCAGUCAGUCGGAGAUCGCUCAAAGCUUCUUUUGACAAGGCAAUGGCACCUCUACUGCGAUUGUUAUUCAAAUCCAUUAGUUUUCUAGAGGUUGACUGAAAUUUAUAGGACUCUACAUUGGUCAGAUUACAGGAUCAGGAGGAAAAGCGCUGUUAAGAAUAAAAAAUACUAUUAUUAGCGCCGAUUAUAUCAAUAACGGUUUUAUCAAAAACUAUUAUAUUAUAUUUCCAACUAUUUUAUCAAGUUUUCUUCAAGUCGUUAGUGAGUACCGAACCGAACAUGCAAUGAUCUUAAUCAAAUAAAUACAAAACACCAAGCAGUUACAUACAUCUAUCACUUCACUUGUUUUGAAUGCAACUGUAUAAUUUUGUUGUUGCUGCCAUCAUAUUUUUUUAUUAGAGAAUAGAGCUCUAAUCAUCACAUUCAGCCAACGGAGAAGUGGCGAAUAGAAGACGGCUUAUUUGUGUAUAUUUCUCAGCAGCAAAAAUUGGGUAUAAAUGAUAUACAUACAUCAUACUCGUACAUACAUAUGUGUCAACAUAUUUCCCGUCACAAUUUAUAAAUUAUAAUUUAUUAACAAUAUAAUUUACAUAAAAACUGGUUUUGGGGAUUAUUACUAAAAUAAAAAAUGCUAAAUAUUUUAAUUAUUGUAGAAAGUCGAUAUUCUUUUACUAACCUCAAUUUCUUUGGAUAUCAACUAACCUCACUUACACCUUCCAAAACGUUAAAAGCGCUUUAAAGUGUUUUUUUUUUUGUUUGUGUUUAAUUUAAUUUAUUCAUUUUCUAUACAAUGUUUGUUUUCUUUCUUACUUGCAGAGUGAGAACGAUCUCCGUACUCAUCACAUAUAAAAACAAAAACAUACAUAUAUAGUUGUUAACCGCAAGCAAAAAGAGCGAGAGAGAAAAAUACAUAUGCUUUUCUCAUUAGAUAUUUGUACACAAACUCCUGUGGGUGUUAACAAAAUCAUAUGUGUUUUGCUUGAAUUUGGGUUUCUGCACUUAUUUGUUCUCAAGCACCACAACAAAUUUCUAGUUAUACUCAAAUUCAGAACGAAUACAUUAACUAUUGGCUAUAAUAUUUUGUCCACCUAUUACUAUUUAUUUAUUAUUAAGAUGUUAUUCAUUACAUAAUUUACAUAUAUAUACACGUAAAUUGUAUGGAAAAGAGUAUGAAAGACAAAUUCAAAAGUAAAUUAAUAUUUCGACAUAUACAUACAUACAAAUAUACUUAUACGAUAUAUAUAUAUACAUGUUCUGAAUUGUGAUUUAUUUACUAAAUUAUUUAUUUAAAUUUAAAGUUAUAUUACUUGUAUUUACUUAGACUUGUUUGAAUUUAAUUAAUUUUAAAUGUUUAAUAGUAGAAAAAAACUUAAAUUGUCGUAAAUUGUAAGUGGGGUUCACAUAAAAAUUUAAAGAAUUUGCAAUAAAUGUUGAGCAGUUAAUUUUAAAAUUAAUUCUUGGGCUACUAACUUUGUGACUCACAAUACAUAUAUUAACACGGAACAACAAGUUAUUACAAGUGGCAUAACAGAAAAGUUUAAAAUUGUUUUUACGUUACUUUUCUCUUUCGUUAUACAUAUUCUCCUUUUAAAUGGGUUAUUACCACUUACGAGUAUUUAAGGCAGUAUGUUGCAUAAAAUGCGCAAUUUUUUAGGGAAGCGCAUAUUAGUGACAUCUUAUUAGCUAUAUGCUAUUUGCUCAGAAAAGAGCUGGACCGUUAUUAGCAAGCAAUAAUGAGUUUUUAAACGAACAACUUUAAAGGAAAUGUCUUCUUCAAAAAACAUCUUUCAUAUACUCAACUCUUUCGAGCCUUAGCUACUAUGACGUCAUCUUAGCAAAAUUCAGUAUAUUAAUUACUCUAGUCGUGCGAGUCGAGCUUUUACAAAGGACAAAAUAUUCAAAAUGUCACAAUUGUGUAUUUAAAUUCAAAACGUUCCUAUUAAAAAUAUUAUUUGUCUUUAUAAAUUGUUCUAAAAACACACACAAAGAAGAUUUAAAUAACUUUCAUCAGCUGCGCGACCAAAAUUCUUGUUACUUUAUUUUUAUAAAUUUUUUCGCUCGCUCAAUUAUGGAAACAUUCUUCUACAAAAUAAUACGUUAAGUGAUUGAUAACAGUUUGAUGUUUCGCUUGAUUCAUCCGGCUCAAAGUUCAAGGAAAAAAGCAAACAUAUAGCACCAAUUGGGAAUAGACCUGAAACUAGCUCAAAUAUAAAUUUUCAGGCAAGGCAUAUACUGGCCAUUCAAUUAAUUAAAUAUCCCAUACGCUUCGUUGGAAUUUUUACGUUGUCGAUAAUAUAUGUGGUCCUUGAGAGUACCUAGCGACAGGUUUAACCGGAGAAAUUCAGUUUUCUGUUGGUAUCAAUUCUAUUGUGAUUUAUCCAUAUUUACUUAACGAUUAACGAUGACAACACCACUAAAAAUUUAUAUAAAUCGAUUGUUGUCAAUUGGAACACAUUUUUGAGAAAAAAUAUUAUUAUAUUUAUUUUAUUUGUUUCUUUUCGUAUUUAUUAUGAAAAAUUAUACUAUGGUUUUUUCUUCUCUAAGGGGCACACCUAGUGUAACAGCCUAAAAAAGGCGAUUUUUGGCAAUUAAAAAAAUACUGCAUCAAUUGUUUUAAAAUUUCGUGGGUUAAGAGGUUUAUACAUAUUUGAGGAAUUCACAGUAAAAUGUUUUAAGAAACAAAUUAAAUAUAUUUCGAGUUACACACAAUCUUCGACGGCGCUAAAGAAAGGUCCUCAACUGCUGCAGUUAUACCGGCUUUCUCCACGGAUGAAACCCAGGUUGGGUUAGGUUAGAUUAUGGGGACGAUCCUUGGACAGCUUAGAACGCCGGUCUGUUGUGUUACCUUAAACUCCUAUAUAAUGAAUCAUAAGACUCCUAACAUACAAAUCACAAAGCGCUUUGAACCUAUCACAAAUUUGUUGGAACGACUAAUGUCAGAUUCUGCUACGUCUCCUGCUUUGCCGAAUGUAAGACAAACUCAGCUUUACAAUGUAGGAGAAAGUGCCUAGAUGUUUUCAACUCACCCUCUUCUACACUAUUGACCAGCGUUUGCUAAGCGCACACGAGGUCCAUUAUUCCAGUGAUAGAACGCAAGAUGCUCAUUGACAACUUGCAAGAAUUAAAGCCCAAGAAAUUCCUUCAGUUGCUGGAUAAACUUUAUUUAAAAAUGUUGCGAAAGAAUUAAACAUCCAUUAUUCGAUGAAAUUGUGAAUAAAUUACAAUCAAAUUUGGUAUCUUCUUGACUUAUAUUAAAAGCCCUAAACUGAGACUUAGUUUUAUUGUUUUUUUUCCGUGACAGCUAAAAUUAUAUUAAAAACACCUUUAAAUGAGAUAGUGGAUGUAUGUGAUAUUAACUCGACCCAAGAGGCUAAAUGUUAAUAUUGAGAUGAUGUGAAAAACGUUAACCAGAGGAUCGGAACUCAUUGUAUCAGGGAUAUGAAGUUUAGACCAAGGUACAUAUUCUAAUUUUGCAUUAUAUGCAGUAUAUGGCAGUUGGGACGUGCUACAGACUAAUAAAAUGCUCCCAGGGUUUCAUUCAGGUACCUCACAUACCAUCACCAAUCCGGCCGGAAGCUGGAACAGUUCCAUCGGUUGUGUAAAAUUCAAAGUAUCUGACUUGUUUAUUUAAUGAGUUAUCGUUAUUGAGUUAUUGUUAGUAAUUUUAAACAAAACCGUUAUAUGGGAGUGGGCGGUGUCAUUACGCGAUUUCACACUGUCGGUGGGCGUGCUAAAAAGAUUUGUCUUGAGUGAAUUUGGUUAAUACAGCUUUAGCGAUCUAGAAGAUAUGCACAUUCAGCCUAUUAGAAAGCGUGACUACCGACAUUUUUUGUAAACUGAAGAUGCCACUCCCUAAUGUGAUUCGUUGUACCAAAUAACUGUUUUGAAGCUAAGUUAUGGCAAUUUAUUGGUUUUUGUAACACAAAAAUUAUUUGAUAAUAUCGAUAUGAUUUAAAAUUUUAGUACGUUAUUUUGAAAGGUAUAAUUUAUUGAAAUCUGAAAGCAUCUUUCUUUUAAUUUUACACUUAACGUAUCAAGUACUUUAGUGGUUGAAAGAAACUAACAACAGUUUACAAAUCAUAAAACUCUAAUUUUAAUUAAUUCUUUACUCAUUAAAAAGUCUCUUUGUACAUUUUGUGUUCUAAAUACCUAAAAAAAGAAUUUCAGACUUUCUUUCUCUUUUAUUUCAAAGCAUUCUUUAACUUUCUGCGACGUAUUGUUAUUUUUUUUAUAAAUACAAUAGUUAAAUUUAUUAAUGAAUUUAAGAAGCAUGCGAAUUUUAACAUUUUAAAGCAAAUAAUUUAAAAUAUAUUUAUAUAUAUUAUUGUUUGUUCAAAUUAAAAAAACAAACUCGAUUCCUAAAUCCCUUUGUGCCAUUUCAUAUAUAAUUUAUUUUUCUUUCGUUUUUAUUAAACCAGCAACAACACUCGUACACUCUCAUACCAGCAGAACAGAAAACAAACAAACAAAAAAUUAGACAAAAAAGUACAAGUACCAAGAAUAUUUUAAUCAAUAUAUAGAAAUAAUUUAAAAGAAUUUAGUAUGCAAAUACUUAUACUCGGCAAUUAAUCAUAUCGUUGUUUUUUCUUUUUUAUUUCUAAUAUGCGGUGCAAAUUUAAUUGUUGAUUGUCCAAUAAAAUAAAUAAACACAUAUUUAUAAAAUAUACAUACAUAUGACUAAUAACGUUAAAUUAAAACCAACAAAAAAAAAAUACGACUGACACGUGACUUAACGCCACAAAUUGUGCGUAAGUAAAUGCAGAUGGAAAUAAUGGAGCAUGUGCAAAGCCCCGUUUCGACCCGCAUUAGGCUAUUAGGAUUCUACGGAAAGAAUUUAUAGAGUAACUGUAAACAUUUUAUGUCUAUAUACAUAUGUAGCCUUUCCAAGUAAUAUGUUUGUUUCGAUUUUGAAUUGCUUAAUAUGAAAAUCUAAAUGAAAUCGCUAAUUGUGAAAUAUACAUAGAUAUUUUUGUGCUUAAAAUUUUUACAUAAAAAACAAAAAAACAUAAAUGAAUUUGAUUUGCUUUAAGCGACAAACACGAUUGAUUAAUGUCUACAUACAUAUAUUAAUCAUAUACAUACAUACAAACGAAUACUUAAAAAGAUAAACCAAUUUUGUACAAAUUAAUAAAGUUAUGAUGAAAUAAUAAAAACUAGACAAAUUCAAAAUUGUUUGAAAUAUUAUAUCAACUUCUUGUCAACCUAAUUUUUCGCAAGUUAUUUUAGUUCAAGAACCGCAAAAUAUCUAAGCGCAUGCGAGAGCAGUGCUCACAGUGCUACUACACAAAGCGCAGAAAACCGCACAUAAUUGGAAAUCUUCAAACCAUGCUUUCACUAAUUAUUUGGAACCAACAUUUUUGGGUAUUUACCAUAAUGCUUACAUGACUUCCUUGUUCAUCUGUUACAAGUUUUGCUUGAAAUAAAGAAAUGAUUUUUAUUAAAAAAAUUGUAAC